AUGAAGGAGAUGGAGCGGCGGAACCAGUUUGUGCAUCGCCAGACACGCGGCGAGGCUGGCGGUGGCGCCGUGCGAACCACGUCGCCCGCCGGCCACGCGGCACAACUGAAGCGCCUUGACCGCGCUGCCUCGGGGCGCCAGUCGACUAAAUCCCUGGCGCCGGGCUCCUUGCGCCCCUCUCUGUCCAAGGCCUUGCGAUUCCCCUCGAUUUCAAAGGACCCUGCGAGCGGCCGGGCCGGCGUCGCCGGCGCGGUCGGGCCACGGAGCCUUGAUCGGCCGGGCAGCGAGGGGGAGACGGCAGGACGAUGUGAGGAUGACGAUGUGAGGAUGAGCGCGCUCCCGAUGGCGCGCAGCGUCCUUGCGGCGCUCUGCCUCACCCUGGUGGUCGGGUUCCUCUACUACUCCUCCGGCAAGCUGCACCAGGUGGCCUGGGCCCACGAGCCACAGUUUGAUCGGCUGGGAUUCGUGCUUAAGUUCGAGCCGCGAGGGGCCGCUACGGAAGAUGCUCGAGGAGGGAACGGCACGGAGCCUGCGUGCCGCGGGAGCUACACCCCCAGCCAGAUGACGGCCAUCUUCCCCAAGUUUGUCCGCGUGGCGCCCAUGUUCCUGGACAGGAGCUUCAAGAGGUGGGGGAGACUCCGAGACUUUUCCCCGCCCUUCGGGCUCCGCGGCCAAGAAAAGAUCGUCAACGAAAUCUUGGCGAAGACGAAAGAGUCGGACCUGCCUCUCCACUUGCAGAGCGCGUGCAGGCGCUGCGUGAUCGUGGGGAGUGGCGGAAUCCUCUUCAACAAGUCGCUGGGCGCCCGGAUCGACGAGUACGACUUCAUCAUCCGGCUGAACAACGCUCCGGUGCGUGGGUUCGAGCGCGACGUGGGUGCGCGCACCACCAUGCGCAUCACUUACCCCGAGGGCGCCAUCCAGGACCCGCGCAAGUACGAGGCCGACUCGCUGUUCGUCUUCGCCGGCUUCAAGCCGCACGACUUCCGCUGGCUACGCAGCGUCGUGUACAGUGAGAAGAUGCACCCAAUCCAGGGCUUCUGGAAGUCCGUGGCCACGCAGGUCCCGAGGAGACCAGAGGACAUCCGCAUCCUCAACCCGUACUUCAUCCGAGAGGCUGCCUUCACCUUCAUCGGCCUUCCUGUCAACAACGGCAUGAUGGGCCACGGGAACAUCCCCACACUGGGCACGGUGGCCAUCACGAUGGCGCUGCACAACUGCGACGAGGUGGACGUCGCCGGCUUCGGCUACGAUAUGAGUAACCUGAGCGCUCCGUUGCACUACUACGAGAGCACCAAGAUGUCAGCCAUCAAGGAGUCGUGGACUCACAACAUCGCGAGGGAGAAGGACUUCCUGCGGAAGCUCGUGCGGGGCAGAGUCAUCAGGGACCUGACGGGAGGCAUCUGACCCCGGGGGGCUGUGGGGGGGCAGGGGGGGAGGUCGAGGCGAGGAGCCAUCGCAGGAGCUGACUUGGCAGCCACGGACCUCCUCCUUGCUCACCUUGCGAUGGAAAAUAAGCUGAAAGCAAAACAAGUAGCAAAAUACUUUAAAGAGCCAGCAAAAAAACCCCCCACUAACUUUUGUUUCGCGUUCAUAACUGCGACAAGUGCCAAAUUUUUCUUGGCGACCUAGGUUGCGCAAUGACAGCGGUGGAAAAGGCGGAGUGGUAGGGUCAGGCGUUUAAAGGUAUUUGGGACAACGUAAACAGGCAGGCGCAAGCUCAUGUUUGUUUGACACUGAUGUAUGCAGCGGGAGGGCGCUGCGGUUCCCACCCCCUCUCUCCGUUUGCCGCUAUGGGGAAAGGAAAUGGUUCUGCACUCCAUCUCCACGCACCGUGAACGAAAAACACAUCGACAAAAAGCGACGCGUGCACGACGCUCGGACCGAGGAGACUUCAAAUCAAAAUGAUAACAAAAACACCCCCCGCGACGUACGCGAGAGUUGAGCAUAUCAUGUCACGCAUUGGCACGCUCCCAAUGCGCAGCGGUGGCGAGCGGUGCCAAACCCCGGCACGCGCGGUGCCACCCGUGGCCCCCGCCCGACCGCCCACCCGCUUGGGCGUCAAGCGCUCGCGCUCCCGGACGCGUAGGACUGGCGGCCCCGGGGAAGAGGAGCCGAGAGAGGAACCGAGACGUCGACGGAAGAGCGUCGUGGGGAGCCUGGCGUGAAUCGGCGCCGCGUGAUGACGGCCCCCGACGGUGACAACGACGACGGUGAUGGCGGCGCUAGAUCAGUGUUACUUUGUGUUCUCGAUUAACAAUCGCGCUCUGGGUUUCUUCGGCCAGGAGGCGGCACUGACGUUCCCUUGUAUGGUGAGCGCGGCGCUGCCAUGGGAUCUACCCGCUGGCCCUGCUGGAAUGUAAAAUUGUAGCGCUUUUAAAAAUAUUAGUAUUAUUUUUUUAAAUGUUAAGUUUAAACUGUUCAUCAUGACAUCUGCCCCCCCCAAAAGUACUUAAAAUGUGCUUCCCCCGGCUACCUCCGCUACCCCUGCCGUCCUAGCGGAGAUGACAUUCCCGCUCGACCUGUAUAGAUUUUAUACCCUUAGUCUACCAAUCGCACUCCCAUUACAUAUUUGUAAUGAUUUUGUGCGUACAUUUUUUUUUCGUGAGAAUAUCAUCUCCGAGGGUGGGGGAGGGCGCUGGGGGUGGGGGGGGACGCGUAGAUUACUAAUUAAGCUCGCAUGUGCAUUAUCAGGGUGGUCGGCCCGUGGCCCACCGAGCCCGACACCACCAUCAGUGUUAACGAGUCGUUGGAGGCCGAGCUGCGCCCAUCACUGUGACCUUCACCUGCGGGAUGCUGCACUGCUGGGCGGGAGGAAUCCUGGCGAGAUCAAAGCCACCGACUCCGGGGGGGGUGGAGCUCGCGCUGUGCCCGCUGAGCAGUAUUGCGUUGGGGACGCGCGGGAUUGAGACGCGGGCAGUUUACAGGACUCCCGAACGCGAACUCUUUAUUUGCUGCGCCAUUGUCAGUAUUACAACCUUCGGCAAUCACGUUUGUGUUGGCACUCGCGCAGCAGAUUUUCACUCUCACUACAUUUUGAACGCUACAGUAUAUCAUGUUUACGUACGUGGCGCUGCGUGCGCAUGCGCGUGCAUGUGUGUGCGCUUGUGCGUGUGCGUACAUAUACAUUGUAACGGUAUGAUUCCUUUGAAGGCCACGCAGCCUCGCUGUUGGCGUGUAUCGAGGAGUCGUCGCAUUCUAAAGUUGCGUUAAGGCCGAGAGCGUGGUUGCGGGAAAAUUCUUCAGGCGCUCGCCUCAAUGGCACUUUGCUGCUGCCGUGGGGGUCGCUCGCCAGAGUUGACGUGGUGCAGACGCGCGCGCAACUGAUGUUGUGCAGAAUUGGUUCUGCUGCUUUUAUCUCGGCUCGCUGAAAACACCUACUCCAUCAUCAUCCACGAUUUCUGGGGAGGUCCGGACUAGAUACCACAGCGGUAGCGGCUGCGUAAGCAACGGUCCUGAACCUUGACCAUUUUCCCUCUCGGCAUCAGAAGGGAGGGAGCCAGACGCCAAACUGAACAGCAAAGCAGUCGUCAAAUACUCGCCUGCAGCUCUCAACAGCUCGCCGUUGCGGGCUUGAAAGGGGGAACCGUAGGUUGACAUCCACCACCACCGCCGCAGUGAAAGAACAUAAGUCGGCGCCACCGCAUAGAUGACAAGCCGAUGGUUCGGUGCCCGGACCACACCCACGAUAGGUUCCUCUAGGUAUCAAAGGCAUGGCCCCACAUUCACUCUUCUUCCAUUGCGUAGUCCAGUACAUGAGUUUUUCUCAGACUCGGCGCGCACCCAAGAUGGUGUCUAAUGUGUCGAUGGCGGAACAGUUGUGUCGGUGAUUACAAACCCGUUGGCUAAGUACCAUGUUUGUUGAGCUGAUCUGGCUCAUUGUCUCAAAUGACUAUUACCCAAGUGCGAGUUUCUUGACCCACUUGGGCAUUUAAGUCCUCAAAUAAGAUAACUCAUGGGGCCACACCUGGUAGAGGAGACCAUGGAAGGCAUCUGACUCACCAGUCUUGCCAAAUAAUGUUAACGGGAUAUAGAUCUCUACUUAAAAGACAUGCUCAAGGCCUAUGAUACCAUUACAAAAAAACGAGGGCUUUAGUUUCUUGGUGCUUUCCAGGUCCCUGAUCCUCUGCUUAUGAUCAUUAAGGCCCUUCAUGAUGGUGGGUAGUCCCAGCUAUAGCUGUGUGGUCUGGAGUUGGAGCCAUUCCCUGUUUGCCUUGCGAUGUGACAGAGAUGACCUCUGGCCCCUACGCGAUUUAACUUUUUCAGCACGUAGUUGGAGUAGCUUUCCAUGGCAGUCGCAGUGGAAUUUAUAUCCGGUACAGAUGCAGUGGGAGGCUAAUUGAUACCGGGCGAUAUCUAGAGACGUCUCCCAAACUGAUAAAAACAUCUUAGAUAUGCUGUUGUUUAGAAUAUGCUGUUGUUUAGAUAUGCUGUUGCUCACUCCGAGAAAAAGUUAAGAGGCUUUUUUGCUUAGCAUAGAGGAUACCACAAAGAGAUGGGGCCUUAGGAUCACCCUACCAAAGCAAAACACCCGGGAGCUUGUAGAGAGGGUGGAGGUGUUCGCUUACCUGGGCAAUGUUGCUCGUGGCCAGCUCUGGUUUGGCAGUGGAAGUUUCAGUAGAGCUGCGUUAUCCUUUCGUUGGCUUCGUCAUGUCCUGUGGAACUCUCACUCAGUAUGAAGAGGCAUGCCUUGGGUAUAUCACGUACUCGGGGGGGGGGGGGGUGGGAGGAGGGGUUGGUGUGGUAUGGGAAACUUGCCGAUAACUGGUACCAGCGGUGUCAAGAACGGCUUCUGUGGAGGAGGCUCGUGAAGGACGCUACUGGGCAGGUGGAGGCAGUCGCCCUCCAACAACAAUGGAGGGUGACGUUGCGACGUUCACAACAACGAGCGGAGCACCGGGUGGCUUAUCGAGCGAGUGAGCACUGUAGAGAGCACAGGUGGUGCAUCUGUCGGGCAUUUCAGUCAACCCAUGGCACCUGGGUCUAUCCCGUCACCACGUGCCAGCGAGGCUAUUGACGCUACACAGUUUCAGACUACACCUAGCCUGGCACAAAUUCCUUGCUGAUAUCACCACCACUUCGUGGAGAAUGGUAGCUGAUGUUGAUGUUCCAUCACCUGUUUGCUACUCAGAACAAAGAAAAGCGAUGGCAUAGGAGAGGAGCUCACAAAUCAUCUCUAGACAGAGUCCCCUACCCCCUGCGAAGAGGAGGAGACGACUUCUCUUCUCCAUCUGUAUUCUUGAGCUCUCCCAGUCUCUUCCUCUCGCAUCUCUCUCCAGGUUCCUCCCACCACUUCCUCAUCAUCAGCUGCUUCUCGCAGCUCUUUCCCCACCUCCUCCCAGCUUCUUGGCUGUGACCGAGCUACCCCUGUGCCCUCUUUUGCUUCUGCCACCUCACGCAUCUGUCCUUCGCCGCACAUCUCGCUGCUUCGGCUCCUCCUCGUACCCUGGUCCCAGCAGCUGUUGCCCAAGCAGCAGCAAGGUGAUGAUGAACGAUUCGCAGCUCCUUCGCUACCAUCAAGACCCCCGUCACACCGAGGGUGCCGGCUCGCAUCCCCCCGCCGCCACCGAAGUGACCGCGAUUUCUAAGCACGCGAGGCCAAGAAGACCAAACCGUGACUUUGCGUUAUCGUCGGAGGCUCCCUCCUCAUCCACGGUGUUUUUGAAGUCGCCGUCGGGCGGAUCCCCUCGUCCGUGCUUCCUCCACGCUGUGCGUUCGACUGAUCGGGCCGAGUGACAGCCGAAAGGGAGACCAAGGAGGCCCUGCUGAUCGAGCGGAAGAAGCUGGGUGCUGAGCGACCGAGCGCUUCGCUUUGGGAGCAAGGCCACACGUAUCUCUUCUCUUUGUUGUUUUGUUAUUUUUGAUAGUUGCUGACCAAAAGGUCCGAAACGGCAUUCGGCCGGCAACAAACAUCUCUUAUCAAGGUUGUAAUGGAUGAGGGUUAACACUUGUCUCCGCUGGGCACGGUUGUUGUUUAUGAGCGCUUCGGUGGGAUAGACGGCGAUGGGAGGGAAUUCCAAAGUGGAGCGGCGCGAGGGGAGAAGAAAGAGAAGUGAUGAGUGAGUGGGUGUGAGUGACUGAGUGUGAAUUGGUAAGUGGGUGAGAGUGAGUGGGUGAGUGAGUGUGUGUGCGAGUGAGUGGAUUGCUGUGUGGCAAGUGGGUGAGUGAGUGAGUGAAUGGGUUGUAUAUAUGUUGAACUUUCGCACCGUACAGAGCCAAUCGUGUUAAUCGGAGGUGCGAGGAAGGACAACGAUGCUAAUCAUGAGUGAGUGGGUUGCUGUGGGCUGCAGUGUGGUGGUGGAGGAGCUAGUGGGACACGGUAUUCCAAGUGUAGAGUAUUUGUAUCAGAAGCUGCCAUACGUCUUCCCGCCGGUGUAAUGUUAGGGUGUGUUGCAUAUAUCAGAACUGUACUUAUAAGGUGUGUAUAUAAUCGGCUUCUACUGUGAUGGGGGAAGAUUGACAUUGGCUCAUGACCCACGCAAAAUAAGGGCGCGUGGAUAUGAGCGAAUGUGUCCCGCGCUGUGUUCAUCAGUCGGGGCUGAUCCACGCGGCAGUGCGCAUGCUGAUUUUAAACCGAGUAAGCGAGCCAACCAUGUGUUGUACUGAUAUGGCUUUCCUCCUGCAAUAAACGUUUGGCUUUAUGUGGGAGGGAAACCGGGACGUGACGUGAUAACCCACGUAUGAGGGCACAACAAUUUAAAUAUAUAUCCUUUGCAGUUUUUUUUUGCUUGUUAACAAUUCAUCAGUGUGCAGGCUCGGAGGGGCUUCGCUCCUGUGUUGAGGUCGGCGUGUCGAGGGGUUGAUUUGGGGUCGCGGCCCGCUCGGGCACCCCUUACGGAUUCCCAGGGCAGCGUGUCCUCUACCCACGGGGUCUGCGCACAGAGAGUUAUUUUCAAGGUUUCCGUUUCUCCACGCGGAAACUUUCAAUUGACUCUCGAGAGCGCUGCGGCGAAUCCCGCUCGCAGUGGUGGCGUUUGAGAAAGAAAGAACAAAGCAAAUCAAUAUCGCAGCAUACUUCCCUGAAAGUAUAUUUAAAGUCACACUCAUCGUGUACACACAAAUGUUAUUUGACGAAAGUGAGUUUGGCAGUGACGGACACAGCAACGAUAACGAAAACACAAAUCGUCAAAGAACACGCGGACCUCGUUUUAAAGGAAACCAAACGUAAGAGGCAACUCCCCCGGUUCUGCCUCGCGGGGUCUCGCUACAAGACAAAGAAGCCGAGGGGUUCCUGUUGGGUCGGCUCUGCAACCCGCAGUCGUCCCCACGAAGCCCGACCGCUUCACGAGCACGUGGCCACGACCGCGAGUCUGUGCGUCUGCGCGCAGGACUCCUCUUGAAGGCUCCCUCGGUGGAAGUCCGCUCCGAUGACGGCGCACGCCCCGAACCGCGCAACUUCCCCAUUGACCGAGCACAGCGGAUGCCUGAAGAGCUGUGGACCGUGCCGCACCCUCCCAUCAAAAGACAAAGAUCCCCGUGUAGCCUUAACAGACUUGGGGAAAGUGAUGUGAGCGACCGCCUAUGAAGGCCGGCACGGCACACGAUGGGGUCGGUGACCAGCAUCACGCCCGGCCGCCUUUGUUUCCCCAAGGAGGCGAUGUUUACACAAUGCAAAAGGUUCUAAUUUGAGGCUGAGUCGACCUAGGGGAGGCCCAGGACCGGUUCAGGUAUUCGUCACUGGUGUUGACCGUGAGCGGAAAUCGAACUCGCGUCGCCGGAUUCGUUAGCGCAGCGCUAUCCGCUCGGUUGCCUCCUUCCAGUCCACACUCUGUAGCGCACACUCCCUCUCAUCGCGCCGUCUCGACGCGGCGUGCACUGCGUCUCGACGCGGCGUGCACUGCGCAUCGUGCACGCCGCUGGCGCUGCGCUCUGGCACCUCUCGGGUGCAGCGGGAAAGGGUUGGAGUCCUGGCAAAGGAGCGAGCGACGCUGUGGCGUGAACCCCCCCCCCCCCCCCCCGAGUGGGCGAGUUCGCGUUCUCACCGCAGAGCCACUGACGGCGGCGGUGGUGGUCGUGGUGGCUGCAGGGUGGCGUAUUUCAUUGGGGGCUGUUUGACGAUGUUCGUUUCUCGAGUAUUUAUUUAGCGACCAUUAACAAGCGCGGCGAUCUGCUAACCACGCGCGCUGCCAACUCACGGCACCGGCCUCCUCCUUGUAAAUAAACCCCGGCUCUGUGGA